AUGGUUUCAAUUUUGAAUUUAAUCAAAUGUAUUAUUAUAAUGACAAUAUUUUUUUGUUGUCAAUAUCAAGCAACCAUCAUCAAUGAUGAUGAUCAUGAAAUGAAUGAUUUCGUUUUCGGUGAUGAUCUUCGUCAACCAUUACCCACCCAACAAGAUCAGUUUUAUCAUCAACUAUUUCAAAGAGCUUCAUUACGUUAUCAUCCACAUGUUCUUUAUAAAAAAGCUAGUCUUAAGCCAAUUAUUGGUCAAAAUGGAAAAAUUACAUUCAGUAAACGAGAUGAUGACUAA